GCCCAAAAAAAUAUUCUUCCCCCCCCCCCACCCCCGAAUGGCCGGACGGCGAAAGCACCACCGCAGGCGCACAAGAAUAGUUCAAAGACAGAAGAAGAAGACAGAGAAGAGUGACGAUCGCCGUCGACCCAAAGAGUUCCAUCGAUUCGCGGAUGUCAACUUCGUGAUCUCAGCCGAAUUGGGGGAAACCCUCUCGCCAGCGACGACAAAACACCUCCCGAAUCUCGAAUUCACCGCCGUCCCAAUUUUUAAUCCCUAAUUGAUCUUGUAACCUAAAAUGGCUUCUUCCUCUUCUUCCAGGCAGAAUCCGCUUCCCACCACCAACCUCUCCUCCUCCAUCUUUCCAACCACAAUAUGUCGUCUCCCGGCGGAACAACCGGCAGCGACCCCAACGGCGACUUCAGCACGAAGAUCGCAAUCCUCCUCGUCGGCGUCGGAUCCGCCGCCCUCGUCGUCACGAUCUAUCACUGCAUCGCCGUCGGGUGGUGCAACCGCAACCACUGGAGCGGGUUCGGGAACCAGCAGGGCGCGGGGCAGCAGCGGCAGCGGAGCCGCCGGUUCAUGGCGGAGGUGCUGGAAGGGCAGAGCAUGGAGAGCUCGACGGCGGAGCUGAUCCCGGCGUACAAGUUCUACAAAGGGAUGGGGCUGAUGAAGGAGGACGGCGGGACCUGCGCCAUCUGCUUGUGCGAGUUCGAGGAAGGGGAGGAAUUGAAGACGCUGCCGGAGUGUGUGCAUUCUUUCCACGUUGGGUGUAUCGAUAUGUGGCUGUAUUCCCACUCCAAUUGCCCGAUGUGCCGGACCGACGCCGCGCCCUCGCCCCAGGUGUCGUUCCAGGAGGAGGAGGCCGGCGGCGGCGCGGUGGAGGUCGGAGAUCGGAACUCGGUGGUUACGUUGGAGGGUAUUAUUGUACAUUCCCGGCCCGAUCAAUGAUUCGAUUUUCCGAUUGAAUUUGAAGAAUUGCAGGGUUUUCGCCUGUUGUGAUGGCUUUUGCGUAGUGUUAAACCGACGUGGUUAUUCAGAUCCGAUGAUGAAAUUUUUGGAAAUCCACAUCGGGGAAUCGGUAAUUACACUGAUUAUAAAUGUAAUUAACGAUACACCAUACUUGAAUUGGAAUAUUGGAUGCAGAAUAAACAUGGUUAUCAUUCUAAAAAACAAUAGACACAUUCCAGCAAGAUAGAUACAAGAAUUGAGCAUAUAUACUGUAAACUUUGACAAUCCGGUUUAAUCUAUCAUCUCGAUUUACAAUUUGUCAGAAUUAAUAAUGUGAAACGAACUUUUUUUUUUACAUCAACUUGUACUAAAUUCAAUUAAGUUUAUUAAUGAUUUACAAUCAGUGUUGAUAUGCUGAAAGAUAGAUGACAAGAGAUAAGAAGUGAAAAUAUCAUGUUCUUGAUCUUAUUUAUUAAUUUUAACGAUAUUAUUUUGUCUAUUUUAUUGUCACACUAGAUCGUAAUGCUAUACUCAUGAGACACUUGUGGAUGCCAUGUAGAAAAGUGACCCUACGAUUAGGGGUGGAGCUACACAGGGCCUGGGAGUAGGGAUGGCAAUGGGCCGGGUUGGGUCGGGUUUUGUCAAAGCCAAACCUAUGGGUUUAUCCGUGAAAAAAAUUCGGGGUAAAACCUAUUGGGUUUGAAAAACUCAAACCCAACCCAACCCGUUGGGUAUCCGCGGGUUCAUGGGUACCCACGGGUUUUGUCGUAAAAAAUUUACAAUAACAAGUUCCUAUCAAAAUUAAAGUCAAAUAUCAAUCUCUCAAUACAAAUUAUCCAUAUUUAAAACACCAUUCUAGAAAAUUCAAGCAAAUCACAAAUUAACUAUACAAAUUGUUCAACACCAAUCUAGAUAACAUCUACUUCAUUCUACACAAUUAGAAGGAAAAAAUUACACAUGACUCCACAAACAUAAAUAAGAUUGGUUGUUUAGAAUAUAAAAUAUACCGAGAAAAAUAAUUAUAUGUGUGUGGGCGGGUACCCAUUGGUCGGGUUUACCUAAACCCAAACCCAACCCAAUCCAGUGAAUAGUAAACGGGUUUAAACCCAAACCCGGUCCAAAACCCGUCAACACGGAUUUUACCCGCGUUGACCGGGUUGGAUCGGGUGGGUACCCGUGGGUUCGGAUUUUGUUGCCAUCCCUACCUGGGAGGGGCCUAGGCCCCCUCGAGAAUUUUGAAAAUCACAAAUGAAUGUUUGGGUAUUCAAUAAUAACAAGAUCCGUGCAACAAUGUACAAAAUGAAGUCACUUAACCUCAUGGAGUUGUACGUAUAGGUGUCAAUCGGGCGGGUUCGGGCGGGUUCGGGCGGGUUCAAUUGGGUUCGGGUUCAAACGGGUUCCGGGUUAGUCGGGUUGCGGGUUCAUCGGGUUCGGGUUCAUCGGGUUCAGGUUCAAACGGGUUGCGGGUUAGUCGGGUUGCGGGUUAGUCAGGUUGCGGGUUCAUCGGGUUCGGGUUCAUCGGGUUCAGGUUCAAACGGGUUGCGGGUUAGUCGGGUUGCGGGUUAGUCAGGUUGCGGGUUCAUCGGGUUCGGAUUCAAUCGGGUUGCGGGCAAAUCGGGUUGCGGGUUCAUUGGGUUUUGGGUCGGACGGGUUGCGGGCGGGUCGGGUUUCGGGUUGUUCGGGCCAGCGCAUAAAGUAACUAAACUCAU